UGUCAUCAUCUACUAUCUUAACAACAUUUAUUGCUAAAUGUUGCUCAUUUUGGUUGGUUCUAAUAUUUAUAUAAGUUUUCCAAAGUAUACUACUAUAGACUUGUAGAACAAGCAUAAAAUGCGGACCAAAAUUGCAUAAUAAAUGGCCUCAUCAUUAGCAGUACAAAAAAUGGAGUUAUUACAUAAUCACAGCUUUAAUAAAAUUGUCAUUGUCUCCCAAACCAAGAGCUCUUUUCUGAAAUUAAUAUGUUCAUUCAUUCCAUAAUGUUUCUUGACAUGCAGAAUCUUGGUGAGACGGGGCUACCUUAUCUGGUAACUCUAAAUCCAUCACAUACCCCAGAACAUACACUACUCAAGUGGUCAACCGGCCAUCCAUUCCCAUCAGUUGCUGCAUUAAAAGCAUCAUUUGAGCUUGAUCACAUUCAAGGGAAAAGAGUAAUAUGGUUCUGCGGAGCAUACCAAGGUGAGUUUCUUUCAUUGUUGCUGGACUGGGAUGAUGUUCACAACAAUGAUUUCUGUUCAUGGCAUGGAGUCUUCUGUGACAAUGUCACCGGAUCUGUUGUUUCUCUGAAUUUGUCAAAUUUGAACUUGGGUAGGGAGAUUUCACCAGCCAUUAGAGACUUGAAGAAUCUACGGUCCAUUUGAAAUAUUUUCAAGGAUUUUCAGGGGAACAAAUUAACUGGUCAAAUUCCUGAUGAGAUAAGCAACUGUGUUUCUCUCACGCUAGUGUAAAAUUUCAUCUUCUUUUUUCAUUGCAAUUUUAUUUACAUAUAUGUGGAUGUAUUUGUUAGAAAUUGGGCGCCCAUAUGGCAUGACCCAUGAACCUUUUGAACCU